UCUGUACAAGGACGUCAUGAUGGAGAAUCACCAGUCCCUCACAUCACCAGAUGGAUCCAGUCAGAGAAAUCCACCAGAGAGAUGUCCCAGUCCUCAGUAUUCCCAGGACUGUCCAGAGGAGAAACCAAAUAUCCCACUGGAUCAUCAGGAAAGUUCUGGUGAAACGACUAGUGGACUUGAAAAACCCAUCUCAGUGUCUGUGAAUGUAGAAGACGGGAUGAGCGACUCCUAUGGACAUCUCCAUUUAUCUUCCCAUCAUGAAGCAGAAGAUAACAAUACUACACAAGAUUAUUCAAUAACUCCUAAUGAACCCUCAGUCCUUUACAGCAGAGAUCUAUCCACUGAUACCGCUUGUCACAAGAAACCUUCAUCUAAGCAAUUACUGAUUGGUAAAACAAGAACUAAACAGAAAUGUGGAAACAUUUUUUCUAGUGAGAAGCGUUUUAAAAAGAAGUCUAAUCUUUUUUUGCAUGAGAGAAAAUGCAGAGAUAAUGGGUCAUUUUCAUGCUUGACAUGUGGAAAAUCUUUUAGCAUGAAAUCCAUUCUAGUUAGACAUCAGAGAACUCACACAAGGGGGAAUAUAUAUUCAUGUCCUGAAUGUGGGAAAGGCUUUAACAAUCAAUCAAAUUGUAUUCGGCAUCAGAGAACUCAUACAGGGGAGAAGCCAUUUUCAUGCCUAGAAUGUGGGAAAUCUUUUAGUCUGAAAAUGUGUCUUGUUAGACAUCAGAGAACUCAUACAGGAGAGAAGCCAUUUUCAUGUCUUGAAUGUGGAAAGUGCUUUAGUCAGAAGCCACAUCUUGUUACACAUCAAAGAACUCACACAGGAGAGAAGCUGUAUUCAUGUCCUGAAUGUGGGAAAGGCUUUAACAAUCAAUAUAAUUUUUCUAAGCAUCAGAGAUCUCAUACAGGAGAGACACCAUUUUCAUGUCUUGAAUGCGGAAAAUGCUUUAGUUCGAAAUCAGGUCUUGUUGCCCAUAAGAGAACUCACACAGGAGAGAAGCUGUAUUCAUGUCCUGAAUGUGGGAAAGGCUUUAACAGUCAAUAUAAUUUUUCUAAGCAUCAGAGAUCUCAUACAGGAGAGAAGCCAUUUUCAUGUCUUGAAUGCGGAAAAUUCUUCAGUUCAAAAUCAGGUCUUGUUGCCCAUCAGAGAACUCACACAGGAGAGAAGCUAUAUUCAUGUCUUGAAUGCGGAAAAUGCUUUAGUUCGAAAUCAAAUCUUGUUGCCCAUCAGAGAACUCACACAGGAGAGAAGCUAUUUUCAUGUCCUGAAUGUGGGAAAGGCUUUAACAGGAAAUAUAAUUUUACUAACCAUCAAAAAACUCACACAGGAGAGAAGCCAUUUGUGUGUUCUGAAUGUGGGAAGUGUUUUCAUGAGAAGUCAUGGCUUAUACAGCAUCAAAGAAUUCACACAGGGGAGAAGCCAUUUUCAUGUUCAGAAUGUGGGAAAUGUUUUGGUCAGAAAUCAAAUCUUAUUAGACAUCAGAAAACUCACACAGGGGAGAAGCCAUUUAUGUGUCUUGAAUGUGAUAAGUAUUUUAGUGCGAAAUCAAUGCCUAUAAAACAUGUUGUGGAACAUGAAAGACUCCACUUAGAGGAGAAGCCAUUUUCAUGUUCAAAAUGUGGGAAAUGCUUUAGUUCAAACUCAAACCUUGUUACACAUCAGAGAACUCAAUCAGGAGAAAAGCCAUUUGUGUGUCCUGAAUGUGGGAAAUGUUUUGAUGUGAAGCUAUUGCUUAUACAACAUCAAAGAAUUCACACAGGGAUGAAGCCAUUUUCAUGUUCAGAAUGUGGGAAAUGUUUUAGUCAGAAAUCAAAUCUUGUUCGACAUCAGAGAACUCACACUGGGGAGAAGCCAUUUAUGUGUUCUGAAUGUGGUAAGUAUUUUGGUGUGAAAUUAAUGCUUUUAAAACAUGUAAGAAGUCACACAGGAGAAAAGCCAUGUUCAUCUUCAGAAUGUGUGAAACCUUUUAGCCAGAAAUCACAUGUUGAGGAACAUGAAAGACUCCACUUAGAGGAGAAGCCAUUUUAAUGCUCAGAAUGUGGGAAACGUAUUAGCCAGAAAUCAAUUCUUGGGAAACAUCUAAGAACCCAUUGAGGAGAAAAGCCAUUUUCAUGUCUUGAAUGCGGUAAAUAUUUUGAUAUAAAGCAAAUCUUGUUAGACAUCAGAGAAUUCACACAAGGGAGAAGCCAUUUUCAUGUUCAGAAUGUGGGAAAUGUUUCACCUGUCAAGCAAGUGUUGUUCGACAUCACUGAACUCACAACACAUAUGAGAAGCCAUAUUUAUGUGGAAAAUGUGGUAAGUCUUUUAUUCAGAAAUCAAGUCUUUCUAAACAUGAGAGAAUUCACUUAGAAGAGAAGCCAUUGCAAUGUUCAGAUUGUAGGACAUGUGAGAGAUGUGGAGUUUUAUUGUGAGACCUGCUGCCUAAUCAUGUCUUCUGUAUAACUUUAAAUGGUGUCUAGUUUCCCAUAUUAAUGACCUAUCCUCAGGAAAGUGAGUCGACCAGUAUGCGCCGACAUUCAGUAUGUGUAGAAGAGAUCUGGGAACAGAUUUCAGUCAAGACAUGCUUGAAUUUGAUCCAUAGCGCGCCCAGUACUGACAGACUGCAGAAGGAGAGACAUUGCUACCCUCUCCCUGUUAACUGUACAUGGCUCCAGAGGGAGGGUAUUAUGGUCAUCUAUGCAUGUGAUCAAACCCCCUUUCCACCAUCAAUCAGACAUCAUACUUGCAAAAUGAUUAAAAGGAGCUAUAUGGGCAAUAUUGAACCUAUGAGGUCUGGACUAAAGGAAAUGCAGCCAGUGGGGAUGCUGUAUGUGGUCCUGAAGUGAACUGAGCCAGGCUCGGACUGGCCCACAGGUGUACAGGUGAAUCCACCAGUGGGCCCCUGAGCAAGGUGGGCCCCUAGUCUCCCACCCCUUGCACAAGUGGCACAUAACACAGUAGUCUUGCUGCACUACAUACAUAUAUUCAAUGUACAGCACCUCAACCAGCCUAUGUUCAUAUAACAAACUUCAUAGAUAAUUAAAGAAACUCCCCAGUUUAUUUUUAUAGACAGGAUCAGAUAGCUGAGAUGUCUUCUAGGUACAGAGGAAAGCUAGCCAGUAUCCUCUUUUCCCCAGGACCUACCUUCUCAAAGUUCCUGCAGGGACCCCCAUAUUUAAGCAUCUGGUAGCAUCUUGCUGCUGUGUGAGCAGGUAAUAUUUGAAUGUAUCCGUACGGUGGACCCCAGGCACCCCAGUCUGACAUUGAGCUGAGCGUACACUAUAAACCCUCCCAAUGUGUUGUUUGCUGCUAAAUGUGGUGUCAUCGUGGCCAUAACAGAUGACCGUCACAAAUACUUGUGCUGGAUGUGAUUUAUCAGUUGCUACUUGGAAUGUGGAUAUGAUCCCUAGAGCUGAAGAUAAGGAGAACCCUACUAUCAGAAUAUACAUUUUUUAAUAGAUAGCCCAAGAGUGUUGUCUCUAUCUUAAUAAAACCUCUACUAAUGGUGGAUAUUACUGGUGUAAUAUGGGUCAUUUUUCACUUCUAAUCUUUCAUAAAAUAUACUUACAUUUUCAACCUAGCAUGGAAAUUCAUUUUCUGAGUUGCAAACUACUACCAUGGAAUGGACAAACUCUAGGAUUCAGUUUGCCUAUUAAUGUGCCUUAUAGUGUGGAUUGUUCGCUAUUAAUAAUAGAGUUUCACGCUGCAUUAAUCAUCCUGUUCUCUUCCUAUGGCAUAAUAUCAUAAUGGGCAGCACGGUGGCUCAGUGGUUAGCACUGCUGCCUUGCAGAGCUGGCGUCCUAGGUUCGAAUUUGACCAAGGACAGCAUCUGCAUGGAGUUUGUACGUUCUCCCCGCGUUUGCGUGGGUUUCCUCCAGGUAAAGCGUGAUGAUAAUGUCUGUAAAGCGCUGUGGAAUAUGGUAGCGCUAUAUAAGUGCAUAAAAUAAAUAAAUAAUUAUGUAUAAUAUAUAAAGAGUGAUCUUUUCAUAUUGUUCAUUAUAUUUUUUGUUUUUAUACAUAAU